GCUGGCAGUACGAUUAAUAUAUUCAAGCUUUACUCUGGCAAUGUCAAUAACUAGGACACUUUUGUCAGUGCUGCUAUUGCUGCUGCUUCAUGGGCAGGGCGCGCAGAGCAUUUGGUUUCCCUGGUACUUUCAUCGCUAUGGCCUUGAGCCGCACAGUGCGCGGCAUGGCGGACGUGGCGGUAGUGGCGGCAAAACGCCUUGUCCGCCUGGGUACGAGCUUAGGAGCUCGAAGGGACCCUCAGGCGGCGGCACAGGCGGCAAAGCUAAAGGACCCAGUAGCUUGUGCGACGAUAAUCCUUUGGUCAUGCAGCUGGCACGGCUCUAUCUGGUGAGUCCGGAGCGCAUAGUGCUGCUGCUGGCCCAGCCACUGAUGCUGGAGACUUGCGCAGAGAUUAACGAUGUGCUGGAGCACAUAGAGAGCGCCACCAGCUCGUGCGUGCUCACGGAUGACAACAUCUAUGGCAAACUGCGCGAUGGCUUGAGCUACUACAAGACCGAGGUAUGCGACGGCGGAGGCGAGGAUGGCAGCAAUCGCAAGCGCUGCACGGAUCUGAACGAGGCGCACAACUGCAUCAAGGAGCUGCGCACGGACAUGAUCGAGUGUGAGGCGCCAGCGGAUUGGUAUGAGUGGCACAAUGCCACCAAGGUGUGCCAGAACUUCAACGAUGUGCUCGACUGUUACUACACGCGCACGGCCAUGUUGUGUGGCCUGGAUGCGGCCAAGCAGCUGAGAUCCUUCGCCGGCGAUAGCAUGGGACGUGCUCUGGUGCACAAAUGUGUUGUAAACAAGCGACUGCCACGCGUCUCCGACCCCAUGCCCAAUCUAUCAGCUGCCAGUUGGCUAAAGAGUUCGCUUGUUCCCAUUGUUGUUGUUGUUGUUGUUCCACUGCAGCUUGCAGUUUAUUUGUUACUGGUCUAGCUUGCUCAUCAAGCUGGACAGAA